AUGACCAUAAACUCCCUUCUCAUCAUAUCGUUCUUCUUCAUCUUCUCUUGCACCAGCUUCACUUCCACAGAAGCUUACGAGCCCCUUAACCGAGAUGGAAACAUCACAAUCAAGUGGGAUGCCAUAAAGUGGACACCUGAUGGCUAUGUUGCAGUUGUUACGAUCAGCAACUUUUAUAAAUAUCGACACAUUGAAGCUCCAGGAUGGUUGCUGGGAUGGACCUGGAGAAAUAAGGAAGUUAUCUGGAACAUGAUUGGUGCCCAAACAACCAAGCAAGGAAAUUGUUCAAGAUUCAAGGGGAGCAACAAUAUCCCACAUUCUUGUGAGAAGAAUCCAAUAGUUGUUGACUUAUUGCCCGAAACUCCUUAUAACCAGCAGAUUGCCAAUUGCUGCAAGGGAGGGGUAAUCAGCUCGCCAGUCUCAGACCCUCAAAAUUCAGCUAGCUCCUUCCAGCUCACUGUGGGUGCCGCUGGAACCACCAAUAAGACAGUUUAUUUGCCCAAGAACUUCACCUUAAAAACACCUCCGGGUCCCGGUUAUAUCUGUGGUCCUGCCAAAGUUGUUCGGCCAACUAGAUUCAUUUCCUCAGAUGGAAGGAGGGUCACUCAAGCUAUGAUGACAUGGGAAGUUAUCUGCGUUGCAUAUUUACAAGUAGCGGCAGAGGACACUCGAUCUUGCUGCGUUUCACUAUCGUCUGACUAUAACAACACGAUAACACCAUGCCCGACAUGCAGUUGUGGCUGCCAAAACAACAAGAAUAGACACGGAAACUGUGUAGAUCAUCAUAAAUCGAUGCCAUUGAAGAACAAUAAUAAUAGUAGUGCCCCAAUUGUCCAGUGUACAGACCAUAUGUGUCCUACACAAGUUCAUUGGCAUAUUGUCAAGGCUAAUGAGAAGAAAUAUUGGCGUGUGAAGAUCAAGGUUACAAAUCUUAAUUACAUAAUGAAUAGUUCACAAUGGAACUUGGAGGUUGUUCAACGUCCCAACUUUGAUCAUAAGCUGAUAAAGAUUUCCAGCUUCAACUAUAAGAAGUUCAAUUUUUCUAGUCGUAGAAAUUCAACGUCGGUUUUAAUGAUGUGGGGAGUGAAGAAGAAGAAUGAUGUGAUUAUUGGAGCUGCUGGUUCAUUUGAUGGUGGUAAGAAUUAUGUAGAAUCUGAGGUGCUCUUUAAGAAGGAGAAGAUGAAUUUAGCUUUGGAGAAGGGAUGGGGUUUUCCAAUAAGGGUUUAUUUCAAUGGAGAUAGAUGUGUUAUGCCACCUUUAGAUGCUUACCCUUAUCUACAAGACACUAUCACAAGUUUGUGA